UACGAGGUAAGUCGUAGGUAGGAUAUUAUAAAUGUUUUCUUAUAAUAAAAAAAAUAUUUUAAAUUAAUCCAAUUACCUUUGUCAUAAAUUUCAUGAACAGUUCUUCUGACCAUCUUUUGCUUUCCGGAUAUCGCACAGCUAUAUUAGUAUUAUAAUACAAAAUACCUUAAAAUCUAUGAAGAAACAUCUGUUACCACUUUGUAUACCUAAUCCGAGUAAAUUAAAUAUGGAAGAUAAAGCUCAAGAGUUUUGGACAAGAUGGAAUUUUCCAUAUUGUAUUGGCACAAUCGACGGUAAACAUAUUCGAAUGAAGUGCCCGAAAAAUAGCGGUUCAUUAUAUUUCAAUUAUAAAGAACAUUUUUCUCUCGUCUUAUUAGCACUGGUAGGUGCGAAUUGUAAAUUUUUAGUCGUUGAUGUUGGAUCCUAUGGCAAAGAAGGAGAUAGUGGCAUAUUCGGAAAAUCAAAAAUGGGACAGCAAAUUUAUUCUGGAAAUUUUAAUUUUCCAGACGACGAAAAACUACCAGGCACUAAUAAUUCUACACCAUUUGUUAUUGUUUGCGAUGAAGCAUUCAGACUUCACAGGCAUAUCAUGAAACCAUAUUCUAGAUCUUCAGCUAGACAAGACAGAGCAUGUGACGAUUUAGUAACUGUCGCAUGUUGUUUGCACAAUAUGCUGAGAGAUGCGUUUUUGGAAAAAGGUAAUAAGAUUUUUUAUGAAUAUGACGAAGGACAAACUACUGCGAUGGGCACUUUAUGUAGUAGAGGUGGCUUUGCGAGUGCAGAUGGUUUUGAUGUGAGGGAAAAAUUUAAACAAUUUUUUAUUCAAGAAGGAAUAGUCUCGUGGCAAAAUCAUCAAAUUUCCAGAACAUCUACCAAUAUUUAAAUUAUACUUGUAAUUUGUUUUUUUUUUAAAUAAAUAAUAAGUUUUAACUGCUGCUAAAUAUAAGUUGAUAUGUAUAAUAUUUAGUAAUGGUAAUAUAAGUGACGGUCUCACGCAAAAAUUCUAACAUUACAAUUAUUUGGUUUUUCUAAAAAUGAUUCAUAAUAAAAAAUAUAUAUCACGG